GAAGAUUUCUAUCAGAUUUGUCUUUUAUGUACUGUAAUUUACUUAAUAGACUUAAAAACAAAAAGACCUAACACUGAAGUCUCCGCUGGCUAUUGGAACUCUCUAUCUCAGACGCUGAUCCCAUGUGGUCCCUCUUCUUAAUAAUAGUUUAUAAAGGAGCUCUAUGGAGAGAUACACAGUCCACAAAGUCAUCGGUGAAGGAUCUUUCGGUCGGGCUUUGUUAGUCCAGUGUAAAUCCACUAAGGAGAAGUAUGUGGUCAAGGAAAUCCAGCUGCCAAAGAAUCAGUCCAAAUUUGACAGCACCAGGAGAGAAGCCAUCCUCCUGUCCAAACUGAAGCAUCCCAAUAUUGUGGCUUUCUGGGAGGCAUUUGAAGCUGAUGACCUCCUGUGUAUUGUGAUGGAGUACUGCGGUGGAGGAGACCUGCUUCAGAGGAUCCAGCAACAGAAAACUGUGCAGUUUUGUGUUGAUGAUAUCUUGAAGUGGUUUUCACAAAUGUGUGCUGGUGCAAAACAUAUCCAUGAUAAGCGGGUUUUGCACAGAGAUCUGAAGUCUAAGAACAUUUUCCUGACAGAUAAUGGGACAAUCAAGCUCGGGGACUUUGGCUCAGCAUGUAUUCUGAACAGCUCAAAGGCUUAUGCUCAUGCAUAUGUUGGGACCCCAUAUUAUGUCGCUCCAGAAAUCUGGGACAACAAGCCAUACAACAAUAAGAGUGAUGUGUGGUCUCUGGGCUGUGUUCUCUACGAGCUCUGCACCCUGCGACACCCGUUCCAGGCGCCCAGCUGGAAGAGCCUGAUUCUUAAGGUGUGUCGGGGUACGUACCCUCCCCUGCCAAACCACCUGCCUUAUGAGCUGCAGUAUUUGGUCAAGCAGAUGUUUAAGACAAAUCCAAAAGACAGGCCGUCCCUGCACACCAUCCUCACCUCUCACCGUGUUUCCAGACUGCUGCGCACACAUCUGCUCCCCCAGGCGAUAGAGGCGGAGGAACAGGGGAGGCGUACCGGGCGAUGGAACAGAGAAGAGGGAAAGAAGGUGGUCAGUGUUCUGGGAGAGAAGAGUUUAAUGAAAACAUCAACAUUUGAAGGCAUGGAGUCAGCUGAGGUUUCCUGUGAAAGCAAAGAGACCGACCCUCGAAAGCAGUGGGCUGCUGAGCCAUCGGACUCUGUGCUGCAGAUGUUGGCCAAUGCCAGCCUCAUCUCAUCUGACAGCAUGGCAUCAACCUGCCAGACCAUCACAGGUUCUACUGCUAAAAGUGCAUCAGAGGAGCCAGAGAACAGUAGGCAGAGGAGAAGAUGGGAGAAAGAUCCUCCCGAGAGGCUUCUGAGCGCGUUGGAGAAGGCUGGAAUUAGCCGAGCCUUCAGCACCUUUUUAAUCCACAGAGGAGCUGACAAUCCUCUGGUUGGACCCCUCUCCCAGCCACAAGGUGACGACAUUGAUGGCCUGAAACAGGAAGUGUUCCUAGACGAGGACCGCCUGCAUCCACGCUCUGAUGACGAGGACACGGACUUUGAGGAAGAAUCUUCAUGUGACUGGAUAGAUGAAGUUGAGAAAAUGUGUUCAGAACACUAAAGCCACGUUCAUUCAGAGCCUAUGCAAUCACAAGGCAGUCAUUAUUAAUGUUUACAUUCACUGAAAACAGUUUGUACUGUUUGUACAUACCAAGAUCAUUUCACUUGACUCGGCUUUUACAUCAGGUUUAAACCAAGUAUACACAUCUUGUUAACCUCAGUGAGUUUUUCAUGUUGUAUUUUUCAAUCUCUGCACUGCUUUUUGUGUCACACAGUUGUAUAUGGCUGCAACAAACACACUAAGAUUUGAAUUGAAUACUGUUCAACUUGUUAUAAAAACCUUUUUUA